GACGUCAUACUUAAAAGUGAGAAAAUUAGCUGGUAGCGAAAAAAAAUUUAAAAAUCUAGUUUUAUGUAGUAGGAAACCGGAAAAAUGGCUUAACGGAGAAUUUUUAAUCAAAAUUUCGCAGUGAGACAUUAUAUGCAGACCUUGGGGAUUAGAAAUAUAGGUAUAUUAGUGACGUAAUAACAUGUACGUCACAUGUUUGGUGGGGGAUUUCAAAAGUAAAUUUGAUGAAACAAUUAAUCGUUGUGACAUAAGUUCCGCUUUCGUCGUCGCAUAUAACUUCCGCCUAUGAAUAUUUAAGCGACAGUACCGCGAUCGUAUCGCAGUAGUUGUUUGUGACGACACAAUACAAACAACGUCAAGCUUCAAUGCUUUCAGUUUACGAACAGGGCUAUUAUGACGCCACGGUGCUAAAUUUCCUGAGAAUUUGCAUUGCGAAAAAUUCGGUGAUAAAUAAGUUGCGUUCAUUCGACGAUUGUUGCGUCAAUGUGGUCAUUGUUCGCCACUGAAGCGUGACAAGUGACUCACAGUCACGAGGCACUUGAUUUAUACGCUGUGACGUCAUCAAAAUCUUUUUAAAUUUUCAGCUGACUCAUUUGCCAUGGGACGAUCUUUUAAAUUUCUUAAUUUAUACGCCAUAUGUUUGGUGCUGGUAAUUGUCACGUGGGUAGAAUCGAAACCACAUCGACGACGAUACCGCAGACCACUAUGUGUUGAUUAUGACGAAUACUUCAACAAGACAAUGCGAAGAUGCGAGCCAUGUGCAACGUGUGCAGCAGGUUUGGGCGUGAAAAAAUACUGCAAGGUUAUUUCGCCCUUCAGCGACACCGAGUGUGAGAAAUGUAUACCGGAAGUGACUUACUCAACAUCGAGAUCAAGCGCGACCUCCCCCUGUUACCCAUGCACCCAAUGUGGGGGUAGGAGUGUCAAACACAAGUGCACCCCCAAGAGUGAUACCGUAUGCGGAGAAUGUCCCCAAGGGAAAUAUUGGGACGAAGUUGAUUAUCGAUGUAAACGAUGUUCGCCCUGUAGCGCCUCUUUGUGGCCAGAACGGGAGUCAGCUUGCAUGGGCGAAAACAUAAAUGAUGACAAUCAAUGUAGGGAACCAUAUGGAGUGGUUGGAGUAAAAACACCAAAACUACGGAAAUUGUUUCAUGCAGAUAACGGCAUCAAGUUUCACAUACUUGAAUCCGAUGACGUCAUAACACAAUAUACAAUCACCGAAACAACCAAGAAUGUAGAAUCAGCUACUAAUAGUGGGGACCUAAAUUAUGGUGACGUCAUUAUUGAUGACGUAUUUGCUGAUGCGGAAGAACUUGUAGGCACUGAAAACCUUAAAGAGAGAGAUUUUCCCGAAACAGAGAAAUCAAACAACAUUGGGUUGUCAAUACACGCGUUGAUUGUUUUAUGCGUUUCUAUUGUUUUAUUCAUUAUUUUUAUAAUCAUUGUUUCUUUAGCGUGUAAGGCUACUGUGACGUCACAACAAAAAUCUGACUACGAACAAUUAUCAGGACCGGGCGUCAAGUGCCCGGAACACGAAAGAAUAAAUAAAAUAUAAAAUUAUGUGAAUAUUUAUUAUUGGUUGUUGUUUUACCGUAUUUGAAUAACAUAUAAACAAAUGAUCUUUUAUAUUUUCGCUUUUAAUAAAAUAAAUUGUUCGUAAAACGCAGAUUGUCUUCCGCCUGUGACGUAACAAUAAAGAAUGACUGUGCACUCUAA